CAAAAUCAUAAGUCGUUGAUCCUGCGAAACUGGUUGGUUACUAGCAUGACCCCCUGUAGCCUUUGUCUCUCUCCCCUUCUUCAGUCUAUAAGCCUACCAGGAACUCACCUUCCUGUAAAAAAAUGCGAGACUUUAAUUGAUGCAUUUCAAUGUACUGUUCCCCAUGCCUACACUACUGUAUACUACUUUUUCACCUCGCUUGGAGUGUAUUUGAGCCUUGCGUCACCCUACUUUUCCCUCAGCAACCGAGCCCCUACGACAGAGGUAUAUCCUGAUGAAGGAGAGACACGCGAUCCACAUUUAACGGCUUCAUUGUUUGAACAGAGAAAGUGUACGUGUCAUCUUAGUAAAACCCUCAAUGAUGUUACGUCUCCAGCCAUAUGCUAUAUGGAAGAUGGAGUUGAUAUCCAGAAACACCUCCUCAAGGUAUACAUGGGAGGUGACACUAGAAAGUCUUUCCAGGAAGCUGCCAAGGAUUACGUUAAGGAAUAUUACCCCAAGGCAGGAGAAAUUCACUAUUCUCUCCCCUCAGGUUUGCUCCUCAAGGAGAGCGAAUUCGAUGCUCGCCUUUCUAUAGCAGAGGAAGAGGAUGUGAAUUUCCCUCCCGAUCAUACAGCUAAAGCUGCUGUUUUCACUCGAGCACGAGACAUAUGUGGAAAUGCUCCAUCAUUGAAGGCACUCGUUGAUGAACAAGAGAGCUCCUCACCACUUCUCAUCGCAGGAGGGUCUGGCACAGGCAAAACCAUAAUUGUGAAAGAGAGAGCUAAGCGCCUUGCAAAAGAUCAAACUACUGAAGUGCUCGUGGUGAACCUCCCAGGAGGACAUUUAACGGAAGAAUUCCGGAGGGAAUUUAAAGAUGAUGUGAAUAUAAAGAGUCUGGAUGGAAGGGAAAUGAACGUUCCGGAAAGCCUCCCGGGACUCAUUAACUUCCUCCAGGAUAAAGGAAAAGGAAAGCAUGUCCUCAUCGAUGAAGUCCCUCUGACUCUCGGGAUGCAAGGUCCCCUGGACGAAAAUAGUCUCAUUCGAUACUGGAGGGGGAUCUCACAUCUCAUUCAAGAUCCGACGAGAUCGUUGAUAGUUAUUUUCGGACCGCCUUCCUCUGGAAAAAGCAUGGCAUUGUUGGAAAGGAUCAACCAACUUGUGAAACGCAAGCCCCACAACGUGAGUGGAAUACUCCUGCUCCAUAUGGGGAGCACCCUUUGUCAGAAGUACGUCUUGGAUUGCCUUGGAAGCCAUCCGUUGAACGUCCUUGACAUUGAGAGAGUAAAAUCAUUGUCCCCAAUGGAGAUUAUCACGUACGAAGGAUUGGAGAAGUUGCAGUGGAAAUUCCAGUGUUCAACUAUUCACAUAUAUGUGGAUGAUUAUUGCAUUCAAGCCAAAGACACCGAUGAAGAAAUAGAGGAAUGGACUCGAGCCCUCGAGGAAUUAAUAAAAGGGAAGUUUACCAUAAUUUUAACUGUCAUCUUCCAAACACACUCGAAAGGUGGAAAAGAAAUCUCAAUGGAUGGUCUAAUAUCUUUUUUCAAAUCUCGGAAGGAAGUACAAAUAAUCAGCCUCCCGCCACCAGCACGCAGUACAAGCAAAGAGCUUCUCAGCCAUAUUUGUAACAAUGAGGCCCGCUUCCCUCUGCGGCUGGGAUUCAAAUCCCUCCCCACCGAUUCACGCCCGGGUGCAUUGAUUUAUGGUCCCAAGCCCAAAUUCAUCACAAUGAAGUACUCUUGUCCGGGCAGUCACUUGGAAAUGGAAUGCAAAGGACAGAAAAACUGCAUGCCUUAUAUUGGUGCAUAUAUUUGUUUCCUUUUCGUCCUGGAACAAGGGAUAAGUGGAGAACCCGUUCAUGUGCUCGUUUCAGACACAAAACUAAUGAAAUUCCUGCGCAAGAUUACCAAAGAUCGUGGAAAAGAACUGUUGUUUUUUCAUCCCAAAGAUUUUCGAGGGUGUGAAACCAGUCUUUCCAUAAAUGUGAACGUGAAUGAUUCCUGGCUUUUGGAAAGUCUGUCCAGAGCCAAAACGGAUCUUUUCAUCAUCGAUUGCUUGCCAGAACAUCAACAACUCUGGGAUGCAAUGAAGGAGGAGGGAAAAGUGGAGAUCCAGAAGGCACCUGAAGACUUCAAACUUGACGAAGACACCCUAGCAGAUCUAGAUAACUGCGGAAGUUUUCUUCUUCACUCACGUGUCAAUAUUUGUGAUGAACAUCCGAAGAUGAAUGGCUGCACCAAAAGAAAUUGUCAAUCUUUGCAUAUUUGCCCGAAAUACCUCUAUGAUCUUUGCAAAGAUCACUUUUGCGAGGUAGGUCAUGACCUCAGCACGGAUCAAAAUCACAGAGUUCUCAAAAAACAAACCGUGCAGAGAGAAGAUCGUGAGGAGCUUAAAAAGCUCCUCAAGCCGGACGCAGUGGUGCCUGAUCUAUGUGAGGAUUAUAACCUUGCAGAAUGUAAAGAAGGUUAUCGAUGUCUCAAGAUGCAUACAUGUGCGGGUUUUAUCAUGGGGACGUGCAAUGAAUGCGACAAGAAUCAUAACCUACUUGAUGCCCAAUGUGAAAUGCUGCUUAAAAAAACUGAUGUCAAUUUGCGAAGAACAAGGAAGGAGUUAAAGAUUUGCCUCAGGGAGAAGUGUGGCAACUUGGAAGCUAUCAUGAGCCGUAAGGAAUUAGAGGAGGCUAAGAGAAAGGAAUAUGAAGAGAAGGAAAGAAAUAAACGUGCCGCAGAAUUUGGAUCAUAUGAUAAAAAUAGCUUAGAACAGUGCGGACCAAAACCGGAGGUCCGCCGUGAGCAAAGCUACAAAGGGUCCCCUGUCAACACCGAUGAAAUGUUGAAAAGUGAAUCAUGCGAAACCAUCACCGGACUCCACAAAUCUGGAAAGUCAGUUGCAGAAUGUGUUCGUCUUCUUGGUACAACACGGUCCAGCGUCUAUAAGGCAGUGAAACGCUUCAAGGAGCUUGUUAUAAGUAUUGACUACCCCAGGAGGGGCCGCCCACCAACUGUCAAUGUCCCCAAGGUCAGAAAACGUAUGCGACAACUGCUCAGACGCAACCCCAGCCGCUCCAUGCGUUCUGUUGCCUCCCCCCUUGGUAUUAGCAGCGAGUCUGCUCAAAAGAUAGCCAAAGACAGGCUAAAGUUGAAGCCUUACAAGGUUCAAAAGGUGCAGCUGCUAACCCUUGCACAGCAACAAGCCAAGCUGCGAAAAGCGAAAGUGCUACUCAAGAGGUUCGGUCGGAAGGGAUGGGAGAAAAUUAUCUUUACCGACGAGAAGAUCUUCACUGUAGCUCAGCAUUUCAAUCGCCAAAUUUAUCCCUUCUGGCUCCGGAACAAGCACCACCCUGGCCGCUUCCGGAAGCAUGUUCAAAAUCUCAAAUCUAUAAUGAUUUGUGUUGGGUAA